UGCGGUGGACGAAGAAAAUAAGCUUUUUUUGCCCCUCUUUUCAAACAGCUCACCACAUUCUCCUCCCCAUCUUUUUUUCAGUUUUUCCUUAGGCACAAAAACAUUCUUGAUUUCUGUACUAAACCCCAUGCAUAUAUCUUGAUGACUUUUGUCCACUUUGUCCCUCUUUAAAAAGCACAACCUAAUUCUUCCUCUCCUUUCUUCCAGACGCCCACAUACACAGCAACAGCAGCAGCAGCAGCAGCAGCAGCAGCAGCAGAGUUUCUCAGAAAUGGUGAAAGUGAAAGGAGUGGGGAUUCUUUUGUGCAUCCUGAUCAUAGGCCUGGAUAUUGCAGCCGGGAUUCUUGGCCUGGAAGCUGAGGUCGAGCAAAACAAGGAGAAGCACAUGAGGCUGGGGACAUUCGAGUGCAAAGAGCCGAGCCCGAAGGUGUUCAAGCUCGGUGUUGGCGCGGCGGUACUCCUCGCCUUAGCCCAUGUCCUCGCCAAUUUGCUCGGCGGCUGCUACAACCGUAUCUGCACCCAUGACGGGCUCCAGCAGCCCCUCGCCCAUUGCCUGAUCACCAUAGCCUGCCUUGUCUUAACAUGGAUCCUACUGGCGAUCGGCCUAUCGCUGUUGGUCAUCGGGACGCUGGCGAACCACAAGUCCAGAGGCUCCUGCGGUAUCUCGCACCACCACUUCCUCUCCAUCGGGGGCGUCGUCUGCUUCAUCCACGGCCUCUUCUCCGUCGCUUACUACGUCUCCGCCACCCCUCCCGCCACCGCUACCGCCACCGACGGCUAACCUGGGUCGUCAGUCCAGAUGACUUAGGUCUGCAGAUGGUUGACUGACGUUUCUGUUCCCCAAUGCUUCACUUCCUACGUAAUCCAUGUUCUCCCCUUCUUUCUUGUAGCUGUUCCAGGUUC